AUGCCGUUGGGACCCUCGGCCCGGUGGCGCUCGCCCUCACCCGCGUUAGGGUUCUCUGGUAAACGAAUCACUGGCGUAACCCGGAUCUUAAGUCGUGUCAUGUUGUUCAAAGGCGUCCGAGACCCGCGGGGUCUGGAGGAGACCGGAUGGCCUAUUGUGGUUGUUACGAUAGAAUUCCGGUCGUGUGCACUGCCCAAUAUUCCUGGUUACGUCCUAACAAUUCGCCAAGAGAAGAACGGAGGCGCGUGGUGCCCAAAAGCGCAAAUCAGCAGCGAAGUCAGAGAAUAUCUGGAGAUCGACCUGGAUGAAGACCAUCUGGUCACGUGGACCGAAACGCAAGGGCGGUGGGGCAACGGCCAGGGACAAGAGUUCACUGAAGCUUUCACCGUCGAGUAUUGGAGAAGGUCCAUUGGCAGAUGGGUUGAAUACAAAGACUCAAGAGAAGGCAGAGUAUUGCCGGGCAAUGUAAAUACUUAUUUGUCGGUCAAUCAAGAAUUGGAACUUCCAUUUGUGGCGAGUAGAAUACGAUUCGUGCCCUUCAGCGCCCAUCCCAGAACCGUCUGCAUGCGUGUGGAGAUCUACGGGUGUCCGUGGGAACAGAGUGUAGUUAACUAUGUAGCACCCAGAGCUGACACCGAAUUCGAAGACGUCAGCUACGAUGGAGACUUGGCACGGUCACUCAUGACGGGCGGUCUGGGAAUGCUGACGGACAGCUUGUACGGAGCAGACGAUUUCUUGCAGUUCGAUUUGCAAUUCCAUAAACCUCUCAGCAAGAGAUGGGUCGGCUGGUCAAACGAUUCAAUCGGCAAUAAGUUGGAUUUGGUGUUCGAGUUUAACGGGUUCCGCAUGUUCAAAGAAGUGAAAAUACACAGCAGCCAUAUACCGACCAGAGACGUAAAGGUGUUUAGUAUGGCGUUGAUUUACGUCAGCUUGGACGGGGACAAAUGGCAAGAAUGGCCGAUAAAGUUUAGCACAAAGUCGGAGGCCAUUAAGGACACCGCUGUAAACAUAACCAUCAAUCUGAAGAGCAGGGUGGGCCGGUAUAUCAAGAUAUGUCUCUAUUUUUCUGCUCGAUGGAUACUCAUCAGCGAGGUCUCGUUUGAGUCCGAAUUGGUCGCUGCGAACAUAACCGAGGGAUUGUUAUCGCAGUUCUACACUCAAAAGGAAACUGGAUACGAACUUCGCCAGAGCGGUGAUACGACGCAUGCGAGGAAGGAAGUUACUACAGGACCCAGUCCAGGAAACAGCACUCAGACGUACGUGGGCCUGGUCACCGGGUCGCUGGCCAUGACGGUGCUGCUGGUGGCCGGCGUGGCCGUCGGUCUGGCGCUGAAACGUGGCCGGCAGAAGGUCGCUCUGCUCCAGUUCAAGCAGGCCACGCUCGGGGCGCCCAAGCAGCAGUCCAUCAACAUGAAGCACCUCAAGAACGGGUCCAAGACGGCCGUCGGGUCGUCGUCGCUGUACGGCCGGAGCGGAGCCAUGUUGACCGGCGGCAUUGGCAUCGGCAUCGGCGUCGGCGGCGGUGGCAUCGGCGGCGGCCGCGUCGGCGGUCACGUCGGACACGAGUCCGAGGACAGCGACAACUCGUCCGUGUACCACGAGCCGUACAAGCGGCUUCCGUCCGGCAAGAAUCACGAUUACGCGCCGACCACGUUCCUGUUCAAGAAGGACGUGUCGGCGUUGACCACCAGCAAGAGCAGCGAAUACACAGACUUCACGAGCGUCGGCAGUUUCGGGCAGGACGACGUCAAAUAUUCGUCGCCUUCGAUGUACACGCUUAACCCGCCGCCGCCGCCUAGCACCAGACCACCGCCGCUCUUGCAACAGCAAUCAGAACAGCUGAACAAAUCGCUGCCGGCCAACCUACACAACUACUACGCCGCCAUCGACAUAAUCAAAACGGAGCGCAAGGAGCAGCAUUUCACGCCGGGUGUGUUCACGUGCAUGAAGCUGCCGGAAGACAAACAGGACGAGUGCAGUCAGACGUCGCUGUACGAGAUAUCUCGAAACCGACUGCGAGUGAUCGAAAAACUAGGCGAAGGCAAUUUCGGAAUGAUCCACUUAUGCGAAACGGACGGGAUACCCGAGUACAAUGCCACGUCGACGUUCCACAAAAGACAAGUGAUCGUCAAAUCGCUUCGGCGUGGCUGUGGCGAACAAAACAAACAAGACGUGAUGAGGGAGACAAAGUGCUUGUACACUGUUCGGGAUCCAAAUUUGGCACGAAUCGUGGGCGUGUGCAGUCCUGAUGAGCCUCUGUGCAUAAUACAAGAGUAUUGCGAAUACGGUGACUUGCCGAGUUUCUUGAAGGUCCAAACUACGGAAUCCACUGAAGCUCAUCCGACAAUCAAUUACGGAUGCUUGCUAUACUUCGCCACUCAGAUAGCAUCGGGCAUGAAACAUUUAGAGGGUAAGGGGAUCGUUCACAGGGACUUGGCCGCGAGGAAUUGCUUGGUAGGCAAAAACUAUUCGCUAAAGAUAUCCGAUCACGCGUUGUACUGCAGCCAAUACGAUUCGGAUUAUUACGUUAGUGACACUAAGUCGAGAUUGCCAAUCAGAUGGAUGUCGUGGGAGAGCCUGCUUCUGGGCAAGUACACGUCGAAAAGCGACGUCUGGUCAUUCGCCGUCACCCUGUGGGAGAUACUCAUGUUCUGCAGCCACCAACCACUGGCGGAGCUGACCAACGAACAAGUGGUGGAGAACGCCAACCACAUGUACCUGGCCAACGGCAAGCACAGGUACGCUGAACCACCGCCCAGCUGCCCUCGCGAAAUGUACGAGAUCAUGGCCGAGUGUUGGAAGCGCGGCGACUCGGAACGGCCGAAGUUCUCGGAGAUCCACCUGUUCCUGCAGCGCAAGAACCUCGGGUACAUCCCGGUGAUAUGA